CAGAGGAGAAAAGAGAAAAAGACCGAGAUCUGCAGAAGUUUGGGCACAAAAACCUCUCAGUCAGAUGGCGCUGCAGCUCCCGCCUCACGACGGCGCCGUGCUCUCCGUGGUGGACAUGCACACCGGCGGCGAGCCCCUGCGGAUCGUCCUGGGCGGCUACCCGCAGGUCCGAGGCGACAGCGUGCUUUCCAAGCGCCGCUACGUGCGGGAACACUUGGACCACCUGAGGAAGGCGCUGAUGUUCGAGCCGCGGGGCCACUACGACAUGUACGGCGCGCUGAUCGUGGACAGCGAGCUGCCCGAGGCCGACCUGGCCGUGCUCUUCAUGCACAACGAGGGCUACAGCACCAUGUGCGGCCACGCCGUCAUCGCGCUGGGACGCUUCGCCGUGGACUACAAGCUGGUGAGGGAGCCGCGCUCGCCGGAGACGCAGGUCAACAUCCACUGCCCCUGCGGCCUGGUCAGGGCCUUCGUCCAGUACGCUGCGGGGAAGACGGGAGGCGUGAGGUUCCUCAGCGUGCCGGCGUUCGCUUUCGCCACGGAUGUGACGGUGGCGGUGGAGGGCUUCGGAGAGGUGACGGUGGACAUCAGCUACGGAGGGGCCUUCUACGCCUUCGUGGACGCCCAGAGGUUCGGCCUGGACGUGAGCAAGUCCAGGACCCGGGAUUUAGUGGACGCAGCCACGGCAGUGAGCAACGCCGUCAAGUCUCAGGUGAAGUUGCAUCAUCCGACCAGCGACGACCUGGCCUUCCUGUACGGCACCGUCCUCACCGACGGGAAGGACGAGUUCUCCCCCGAACCCACGGCCAACGUCUGCGUGUUUGCAGAAGCUCAGGUGGACCGAAGCCCCACCGGCUCCGGCGUCACUGCUCGAGUGGCUCUUCAGCAUCACAAAGGUCAAAUCCGGCUCAACCAGACCAGGACGUUUCAGAGCGGAGCCACCGGGUCGCAGUUCACGGGGAAAGCUGUGGAGGAGACGCGGUGCGGAGACUUCAGGGCCGUGGUGGUCGAAGUGGCCGGCAGGGCGUUUUACACCGGAGCUUCACACUUUGUGCAGGAGGCCGACGACCAGCUGGCAAACGGCUUCCUGCUGAAAUGAGCUUCUGUUAAUGAUUCCGAACACCAUGUUCAAAUAUAACCGUAUUCCAGUCUUGGUUUUACUUUUAUUUUUUAUCCAUUUGUGUCACUUUAAGCUACAUUGAUUUGACAUUGGAAAUGACUGGAAAAACUUUUUGAGUCCUUAAUGUUUUGGCCUUUACUGACCACUAGAUGGAGCCAUGAGACUGAACACUGUUCAAGAUCAGGGGCUUGAAAACAAAAAGAUGCCUCUUUACCCCUUUUAAUUUCUCAUAAUUAAUGUGUAGAGAAGCAAAAGCAUGAGACU